AUGCGUCGGGAACGUCGGUGGAAGGUGCGAAGAAUGGCGGGCAGUGGACAGUGGACGGUGGCUGUGUCCCUCUCCCCCGCCCCUCUCGGCUCAAGCAACCCUCCCGCAGAAGCACUAAAAGCACAGAAACACGCACAGCACACGCUGCCCCUUGUCACACAUCACGAUCAUUUGCACGUCUUGUCUCAGGCUCAGGGCGGCCUCAAGACUCCAACCCAACCAAUCCUUGUGCAUCCAAUUCGUGUUUCAGCUAUAACACCUCACAUCCACACACGCCUAUCCCUCUCACUAUUUUCGUCUCACAGACUCAGGCGCAUCGAUCAUCUUUUUACCGGCCUUGCGAUGCAAAUGCAAUGCAAGUCUGCGACCAGUGCAACGCAACAACUCGGAGCCUACCGUCAACCGUUGAACCGAUUACUUCCCUUUAGGGUAGGAGCACAUCAACGCCCAACUCGUCAUCGUUGGGGCUCGCCAUUAGUGCGUACACGUCGCAUUGACUUGACAACAGCCGAUCGGUUCAGCUCAGUUCAAGAUGGAUUCUCAUGGGGCAUUUGA